UUAGUGACAUUCAUAAUUCAUAACAUAACCAACAAUUUUGAACUGAGAAAUAAAAUUAUUGUUUCCAUCAUAGAGAAAAAUAUUGAUACCGUGCUACAAAUCAUUCGAUUUUCCUGUGACUUAUUGUUCAGGCUAGGGGCAACAAAGUAUGUUACUAUUGGGGUGAUAAUAAAAAAAAAAGUAUGGAGAAAGAUUAUGGCAAUUUGAACUUUGAUGAAAGGUACUUCAAUAAUCCAGAUUUAGUUAGAAGGUUACCAGUACAUGAUGACUACUUUACAAAUCCUGAGACUUACAUACCAUACAACUAUAAAAGUAGUGAAGAAACUAGUUACAAGAGAUAUAUAGGAUCAGGAAUUACUUUCGUCAGCCUUGUUGCCGAAAAUUUGUUGAGCCAUCCAUUUCUUGUUCUCAGGAGACAAUGCCAGGUGCACCACACAUCUCGAAGGUACCACCUGCAACCCUUCACCCUGCUGCCGCCCGUGUGGCGCCUGUACCAGCGCCAGGGCGUUACUGCCCUGUGGAAGGGCGUGGGGUCGGUGCUGUUCGUCAAAGGGAUGUCGCUGGGCGCGGAGGACUUGAUCUCGAAGGUGACGCCGUGGCCCAAGGAGAUCGGCAUGCAUAGCAGUCUGAGGCAGUUCUGCCACCACAUAAUGCUCAAGUGCGUUAGUUUGGCGGCGGUGGCGCCGUUUUAUUCGGCGUCGUUCGUGGAGACCGUGCAGAGUGAGAUCGCCAGCGAGAAGCCGGGGAUUCUCGAUGUGUUUCGAGAAGGUUUGAUGCGUCUGUUGAAUUGGGGAAUCCCAGCAAACGGCCGCAUGUUGCCGAUCUGGGCCCUCAUCGUCCCUACAGUCGCCCUCGGUCUUGCCAGGUACCUGUUCUCGUUGAUGGUGCAAGGCGCCACCGUGCGCAUCCUGGUGGCCAGGCGCAAAACUAAACACGAGGAAAGCGGGGCGCUGCCCAAGGACCUGAAUAACUCCACUGCCGUACAGGACAUCGAACUGGCUGCUUCGAUCGUGGCCGCCAUUGCCAGUGACGUCGCUUUCUAUCCUUGCGAAACCAUCAUUCAUCGGAUACAUCUGCAAGGCACCCGCACUAUCGUAGACAACUUGGAUACGGGCAUGUCGGUGUUGCCGAUCUUGACGAACUACACAGGCGCCAUCGAUUGCUACGAGAGUUGUCUGGCCAACGAAGGUGUCGCCGGUUUGUACAAAGGGUUCGGGGCCCUCGUCCUGCAGUACAUCGCGCAUAUCGCUCUUAUCAAGAUGUCCCAUUUCGCGUUGACACAAUUGGGGACUUUGCUGCAAGGUUCAGCUGAACCCAGCGCUAAGCCGGUCAAGUUAUCUCCGCCUGUCAUUUCUAAUGUGGCGAGUCAGGGUAGCUCUUAUCUGCUGCCGUGAAAUUAGCAUUCGCAAUAGGAAUUAAAAAUUGUGUAAAUAUUGAUGGAUGGAUUUUUCCACCACUAGACCUAGAACAUAAAAUUACCGUCAAAUGAGGUAACUUCGAACAUUUUCUACAGUUUUUUCGCCAUAUUACAUUUUGAAGCUAUUUUAUUUCUUCGUGAAAUUAGCACAUUAAUGUAUCGAAUUGUCCAUAUCGCCCUCAUCAAGUUGUCUCAUUUCGCGCUAAAACAGUUGGAGGCGUUGCUGCAAAGUUCUGCGGAGCCCAACGCUAAGUUGGCAUUGGAUAGUAACAGUUUAUUCGCCAUAACCUUCCGGAAAUUAGUUUUAUUCCUCGGAAUAUGAUUCACCAACUUAGCACAUGAUGUAUUGAUUUAUCCAAUUGUGAAGAUGUCGUGACUUCGGACUGAUGAGAAAAACCAUGUGAAACCGAUAUUCAGCUACUCCACUGUCACCUUCAGACAUUUCAAAAAUCGUUAAGAACAUGGAAAUUACAUUAUUGAAAGAAGUGUGUCCGACUUGUUUGAUCUUGUGGUAUUAGUUCGGACCAUAGAAGUCAAUCAAUCAAUAAACUUCAUCAUUCCCAAGAAACAACAUUUGUUCAUAGCAAGGAACAUGGUGAAUAUAUAAAUAUAUUUGACAAAAUGAAGAAGACACAGUAAAAUAAGACUCUCACUCAAGAAGAAAUAAUUUUUUUCAAGUUCAACUGAAAGUGAGUCUUAAUUGACUCAGAUGUUAGGUACCCAAUUGAAAACUAUAGUAGUUGUACCAG